AUGGCCGACUCUAUAAACCACUCUCUGGAUCAUGAGUCUCGAGUGGGAAACAUUUACGCGUCGGUCAUAAUCAGUCUAACAGCGGUUACGGUGGUUGUCCUUGGCAGGAUCUACACUCGUCUCUUCAUCCUCAAAACCUUUGGUCUCGAUGACUGGGCGGCGGCAAUAUCCCUCGUAUUCACGCUCGCCUGUGGCAUUUUGGUUGGCUUCAAUGCAAAGUAUGGAUGUGGAAGGCACAUAUGGACAGUCGGUCCCGCUGAACUGCAGCAGUUUUUCAUAGCCUCCUUCCUCUUGCAAUACUACCGUGUGUUGGCAACCACUAGGGCGAUGAAGCAAACUUAUCUCGCCUUUCUUGUCAUUGUUGUUUCUGCAUGCAUAGCCUUUACGUUUGUGGCCAUUUUCGCUUGCACGCCAAUCUCAGACUUUUGGUCAUUUGACUCCAAGAAGAACUGCUUACCGAAUUUCACCAUAUACUACGCUCAGGCUGGCGCAAAUAUCGGCACCGAUAUCAUAAUCUUUGCUUUGCCCUUACCCGCACUUUGGAAACUGCGCAUCAACGGGCCCCAAAAGUUGGUACUUUUGGGAAUUUUCUCCCUCGGCUUUUUCGCAACUGUCAUCUCGAUCCUCCGCCUCACCUUCCUCGACGACAGCCCCGACAUCACAUGGAGUAAUGCCAUUUCAUCUUCGUGGUCGACGGCCGAAAUAUCGAUUGGGCUCAUGUGCGCUUCGCUGCCCUCAUUGCGGCCUCUUGUUGGCAAAGUCCUGCCUCGUCUCGCAUCGACCUUUGGUAAAAGCGCGUCGCCGUCCAAGGGAGCCUAUGGUGCCAGUGGCAACCGAUACGGCGCCAAGGCGAGCCAAGGAGGCAGCAGAGUCCCGACCUUCUCUACCACAGCGACUUCGUCGUCACGGCCUCAGAAAACGCUCUCAUUGUAUCCGGACCUCGAGGGCAGCGCGAGCGUCGAAAGGCUGAACAGCGAUGAUCAAGCCACCAAGUUUCCGGGCAGUCCCGGGACCUUCCUGGACGAUAGUAGCGAUCGUGGGGGAUAUCCCAUGACCGAAUUCGGAACUAGGACCAAAGUUACGGCUGGCGAUGUACCAGGCCAUCCUGUCCCGUAGUCAGGGAGACGUCCAGGAAAUACCGUCGUACCAGGGGCGGAUUUGUGCUACAGGGGAUAUAUCUUUGGUCGGGACAUGCUUUCUGUUGUACCUAUUUUUUUUCAGCUUUGUCGUUUCCAGUUUAAUUUUGUAAUAUUAUUUUUACCGUUAAACAAAAU